UCAGAAGAGAGAGAUAGAUGGUGGGAGGGAAGUCUGCCGUUGGCUUCCUGGGCUGAGCUGCAUGCGCUGGCCAGAGUGUUGGAGUUACAAUAGGAAACAAUCCCCUUUUUCCUGUGUGUGUGUGUGUUUUCUGUCCGCCCUCCCGAACAACAGCAGGAGCACGAAACUGGGCAAGAAGAAGACUUCUGGAUGCAACAGCAAGAAGAGGAAGACCAGCCAAAAGAGGGGAAGUGGAAGUGAUAAAACAGAAACUGGAUCUGCAGGAGGAACGCCUUGAGGGACGUUUCAGCAAAGAGCAGAGAAAGAUCCAGAGGACGGAAGGUGAAGCUCCCGUGACCCACUUGUCAAACCUGCCAGGUGGUGCAAAGCCUCCUUCUUCCCCUCUCCUCCCUCCCUCCCCUUUCCCUCGUUUUACCCUGACAUGGGCCGUCUGCUGGCCCUGACCCUCGCCUACCUGGCCUACCUGCUGGCCACCGCGACUGGCUCAGAGCGCCAACAGCACCGCGUGCAGCACGGCCCCUGCAGCUACACCUUCAUCCUCCCCGAGGUGGAGCACUGCAAUCCCUUAAAGGAUUUCCAGGUCACCAACACCCUCCAGAGGGACUCCCCGCCCGGGGCCGAGCGCGACACGAGCCCGUCCAAGCAAGGCAAGGCCCCGAAGGAGAGGUCUUCCUGGCAGGAGAGGAAGCUGGAGAGUCUGGAGAACGCCAUGGAGAAUAACACUCAGUGGCUGCAGAAGCUGGAGAACUUCAUCCAGGAGAAUGUGCGCUCUGGGAUGGAGGAAAUAAAGAGAACUGCGGUGCACACUCAGACAGCUGCCAUGCUGGAGAUGGGAACCAACCUCCUCAGCCAAUCUGCAGAGCAGACUCGCAAACUGACAGACGUCGAGACACAGGUGUUAAACCAGACAAGUCGCCUGGAGAUCCAACUGCUUGAGUACUCGCUCUUCACCAACCGGCUGGAGAAACAUAUUCUCCUGCAGACUCAGGAGAUCUCACGCCUCGGUGAUAAAAACAGUUUUUUGGAAGAGAGGCUCUUAGCGCUGGAGGCUCGGUAUGGGAAGGAGCUUAAGGGGUUACAGAGCGAAAAGCAGCAGCUUCAAGAGCUUCUGGAGAGGCAGAGUCGACUGGUCAGUCAGCUGCAGGGUGAACUGGGCAGCUCCACACUCAACAGCACCGUACUGCAGAGACAGCAGGCCGUGCUCACAGACACUGUUCAGCAGCUGCUGGCCAUGGUUAAUCACUGCAACGAAAUCUCCAAUAUGCCCAAGGAGGAGUCACUAAGUUUCAGGGACUGUGCGGAGAUCCUGCGAUCUGGAGUGAAAGAGAGUGGAAUAUACAGCAUCCGCCUGCACAACUCCACCCAGACUGUCAAGGUGUUCUGUGACAUGACGACCAGAGGUGGGGGGUGGACGGUGCUGCAGCACCGAAGGAACGGCUCCGUGGACUUUCAUCGCGGAUGGAGGGACUAUAAAAUGGGCUUUGGAGAGCCGUCUGGGGAACACUGGCUGGGGAAUGACAUCAUCCACAAGCUGACCAGCUCCCAGGAAUACAGUCUGCAUGUCCAGCUAAAAGACAGAGAGGGGAAUGAAGCCUUCUCACAAUAUGAUCGCUUCUACAUAGACGGAGAGGACAACAACUACAGCCUUCAUGCCGAGGGCUUCAGUGGCACAGCUGGAAGAACCAGCAGCCUCACCCACACCGGCAGCCAGUUCAGCACCAAGGACAGAGACAAUGACCGCUGUACCUGCAAGUGUGCACAGCUCGCGUCCGGAGGAUGGUGGUUUGAGGCUUGCGGUCCGUCCAACCUGAAUGGCAUAUAUUACCCCGCUUCAUCCAAUGUGGUCCGCUACAAUGGUAUCAAGUGGUACUACUGGAAGGGUCCGAAUUUGAUGGCCACCGCGACGACGAUGAUGGUUCGUCCGGCUAACUUCUGAUGGCGUUCCGGUGUCGUCACAGACAAAUGCAAUGAGCGAUAUCCGGGAAGAGAUGUACUCUGGGAGGAAACUCGAAGCAGACUGUGGUGGUUUCAGCCUCUGGAUAUAUUGCUUUAGCGAUUGCCUGGGGACAUGUGGAGACUCUCAGCAAAUGACUGCGGUUUCAAUGAAUUCCUGAGUGAGGAAGUCCACUAAACAAAUCUAUUCAUAAAGGUACCCAGGCUAUGUAUUAAUAAGGACUGUUCAGCGGUGAGAGGAAGGAGACAGAGGGAGCUUUGCUGCAGAUAAAAAAAAAAAAUAUUACAAAUCAAAUCAUGCAAUUACCAGACAAGUUACCCAAAAUACACGAAUUAAGCUUCAGAAACUGUAUAGCAAAAACUGUUUUGAUAUUAAGAUUCUGUUGUGUGUUUGUUCAUUUGCUGUAAAAUAUUUUUUCAGGCAACGUGUCCAGACUGGAAACAUUCACAAACAGCCAUAUAGCCUUCAAGAAAGCCAACAAAUUUUUUAAAAAAUGCCUUUAAAGUUAUUUAAUUUCACACCGACUGCUUCAUCGACUUGGAUUUCGGUAUCUGUUUACUUGUUUGUUUAAAAGUGUAGCCCGGUCUGCACAUAAUACAGCAUAAGAUAACCCACACUUGCUUCAGCGGUUUACCAUUGUUCAUAAAACAACACCAUAAACAACAGCAACAAUAACCGCCUUUGCCCUUUGCUGUGUCUUCCAAAGGGCUUUUCGAGAUGAAAUAUCCCCAAUUCUUCCAGUCACACCUCUCAUAAAACUUUAUUUGUGAGUGAUUUCGCUCAUAAAAGUACAUCAUGCACUCUCACUUGUGUGAUUUACUUUCAAAAAUGGAACAUUUGUAAUGCCAUCUGGAAACAAAGCUGUAAAUUCACUUCUGACUUUGUUAAAACAAUAAAAUCAUAUAUAGUCUUUGGUGCCUGUAACCCACA